AUGGGCACUGACAGUGCGGCUCGCUCGCUGGUUGGGGGGAUAAUAAGACAACAGUUUCCUCAGUUAACCACACGGAGACUAGGAACCAGAGGCCAGUCAAAGUAUCACUACUAUGGAAUCGCUGUGAAAGAGAGCUCUCAGUUCUACGAUGUGAUGUACUCUAAAAAGGGCGCUGCGUGGGUGAACGAGACGGGCAAGAAAGUGGUCACCAAACAGACAGUGGCGUAUUCACCGCGCUCCAAGCUGGGCACUCUCCUGCCAGACUUUCCAAAUGUCAAAGACUUAAAUCUGCCUGCCAGUCUGCCAGAGGAGAAGGUCUCAACCUUUAUCAUGAUGUACAGAACUCACUGCCAGAGGAUACUGGAUACAGUCAUACGAGCCAACUUUGAUGAGGUCCAGAGCUUCCUGUUGCACUUUUGGCAGGGCAUGCCGCCACACAUGCUCCCUGUCCUGGGCUCCUCUACAGUGGUGAACAUAGUUGGUGUGUGUGACUCCAUAUUGUACAAGGCAAUCUCAGGGGUCCUCAUGCCCACCGUCCUACAGGCUCUGCCUGACAGCCUCACUCAGGUGAUCAGGAAGUUUGCCAAGCAGCUGGACGAGUGGCUGAAGGUGGCAUUACAUGACCUGCCUGAGAACUUGCGCAACAUAAAGUUUGAAUUGUCAAGAAGAUUUUCCCAGAUACUUAAACGACAGACAUCAUUAAACCAUCUCUGUCAGGCUUCUCGAACUGUGAUCCACAGUGCAGACAUCACCUUUCAGAUGCUUGAGGAUUGGAGGAACGUAGACCUUAACAGCAUCACUAAACAGACUCUUUAUACAAUGGAAGACUCCAGAGAGGACCAGAGAAGACUUAUCAUCCAAUUGUAUCAAGAAUUUGACAGACAGCUGGAGGACCAGUCACCCAUUGAAGCCUACAUCGAGUGGCUGGACUCUAUGGUGGAGAGAUGUGUCGUGAGGGUGGCGGGGAAGAGACCCGGAUGUCUGAAGAGGGUAGCUCAGCAGUUCCUGCUCAUGUGGUCGUGUUUCGGGACCAGAGUUAUCCGGGAUAUGACGCUACAUAGUGCACCCAGCUUCGGCUCAUUCCAUCUGAUCCACCUCAUGUUUGAUGACUACGUACUAUACCUGCUUGAGUCUCUGCACUGCCAAGAGAGAGCCAAUGAACUGAUGAGGGCUAUGAAAGGAGAGGGGACACCAGCAGAUUCUGGGGAAGAGCUGAUGCUCAUGGGUUCCACACCCACAUCUACGUCACCUGGACCCUUCUCUCCUGCCAAGUCUGUUCACUCAGUGGGUGUGCCAGCAGUAGGUUCCCCCAAUUCAGCCCAGUCUCCAGAGUACACCAGCAUAUCAGCUACCACAGGAGCUGUUCAGUCAUAUACCUGGUCCCUUACAUACACAAUGACAGCUUCAGGUGGCAGCCCACCCGAGACUGGAUCCCAGCUUUCCUGCAUGAGAGGCGGACCCCCUCUAUAUGGCUCCUCAUCUGCCCACAGGAUGCCAGUUUACCCACAUCGGGAUGAGCAUGGCUAUAAUUACAACAGCUACGCAAACCAGCACCAUCACGCUAUCCAGAGUCAGUACUCCAGUUUAACCCACGAACCAGGGCUGCCUACCCCUCUGCAUUAUUCCUCAUACCACCGGACCUCCGCACAGUAUCCACAGAUGUCCAGAAUGGAGUCCUGUUUGAUGAGUGGGUCUCCGCUUCUACAUUCGAGUGCGGUGACCCCCCGAUGGCCGGACGUGCCCUCGGCCAACAGCUGUUACUCCAGCCCCACUGUCCACACGUCACGCUACCCCACCGGAGACAUGUACUCCCCUCUCGCCCCACGCAGGAACUCUGAAUAUGAGCAUGCACAACAUUUUCCAGGAUUCGCCUAUAUUAAUGGGGAGGCAACGACUGGGUGGGCAAAAUGAUUGUACCCUUCAGAGAGUCUCCGUCCAAGAGACGAUGUCUGCAUGUGCAAAGCUGUGUGCAAAGCUGGACAGAUAAACCAGCGGCAGCCCAUAU